GCUGAUCCAUUCUCUACCGACGAUAUAGCAUUAAUUUCCCCGGCGUUUACAUGAGCUUCGCCGACGGCGAGUGGUCCGACGAGUGACCUGUCCUCCAUGGGGGACACUAGCAAGGUCGCCAAAACCUUCCGUGGUCUGGUUGAUAGCGCUGACCGUAAGUUCGCUAGGGUUCGUGACGUCCCAUCUUAUGGUCGUGGACACAACCAUUACUUCCACAAGGUUUUCAAGGCCUACACUCGCCUCUGGAAGUUCCAGCAAGAGAACCGUUUGAAGCUUGUCGAGUGUGGUCUUCAGAGAUGGGAAAUUGGUGAAAUUGCGUCUCGGAUUGGUCAACUCUACUACGGUCAGUACUUGAGGACUAGUGAGGCCAGGUUUCUGCUCGAGUCUUACAUUUUCUAUGAAGCUAUACUUAAUCGGGGUUAUUUCGAGGGACCAAAAGGGGCGGCCAAGGAUCUCAACUUGCGGUACAAGGAGUUGAGGUUCUAUGCGAGGUUUCUGGUUGUUUCAUUGCUAUUGAAUCGGUCUGAAAUGGUGCAGACACUCGUUGAGCGGUUUAAGGCUCUCGUUGAUGACAGCAAGGCUUCUUUUCGGGAGACUAACUUCAAAGAAUGGAAGCAAGUGGUACAGGAAAUUGUAUGGUUUUUGAAAGCUGAUUUAGCUUUUACAAAUGCAAGGACUAUCCACUAUUGUGCUUUGUUUGAUUCCCAUCCUACUUCACUUCCAUAUGUAGCUCGGUUCCAUGCAAAGAAGGUUCUGAAGUUACAAGAUGCAUUACUGAUGAGUUAUCACCGGAAUGAGGUCAAGUUCACAGAACUAACUUUGGACACUUAUAGAAUGCUGCAAUGUUUGGAAUGGGAGCCUAGUGGAUCUUUCUACUCAAAACGUCCAGUGGAAUCAAUCAGCAAUGGUGCAAGUGAUCAGUCUGCAGCAUCUGGGCUUAUUGAUAUAAAUCUUGCCAUGGAUAUGACAGAUCCAACUCUGCCUCCAAAUCCUAAGAAAACUAUUCUCUAUCGUGCAUCAGCGACACAUUUGAUAUCAGUUCUUGCUACAUUGUGUGAGGAGCUCCCUCCAGAGAGCGUGUUGCUAGUGUAUAUAUCAGCAUCAGGAAAGGCUGGUCAAAGUCCUCAGAUAGAAAGUUCAAGAGCUUCAAGGAUCCCUUCAAACAUGAAAGCUGUUUCUCAUACAUCUUUUGAGCACUAUAAUUCACUGCCGGGAGUUCCUAAUCAUGAAAGAGAAGAUUCAACUGACUAUUUCGGGAAUUCUUUAUGGCUGGGGCCUAGAGGAAGUGGAGGUUCAAACCACUUUUACCCCGGUGAUAUCAUUCCAUUUACCAGAAUACCUUUAUUCCUCAUUAUUGAUAGUGACAAUAGCAAUGCGUUCAAGGUGGUGCACGGUGCAGAAAGGGGAGAGACUACUGCACUGCUUCUUUCUCCCACCAGGCCGGUAUUCCGGAGCUCAGCUGGGGCUGAUCUGACCCAGAAUGGUAGUCAGUUCACAUUUUUCCUUUCUUCUCCUUUGCAAGCCUUUUGCCAAUUGUUUGGCCUCUCACCCUCUGAUACUGAUCCGGAUAUGUACAACAAAGCUGAAAACAUACUCUCCACCACCUUUUCUGAGUGGGAAGUGAUACUCUGUAAAUCGACUUCCCUCCAUUUGGUGUGGGCCCAAGUUUUAUCUGAUCCAUUUCUACGCCGGCUUAUUCUCAGGUUUAUAUUCUGCCGGUCUGUACUCUCACUCUUCUGCCCUCCAGGAGAUAAUGAGCACUGUCUACCCGAUUGCUUACCCCAUCUUCCGGAUUCUGUCUCUUCAAGCUCUGAAGCAGUUAAAUCUGUUGUCCUCCGUCUGGCACAUACCCUUGGGGUUGCAGAUUGUUUCCAGUCCAAGCAUACAUAGCUGAAAGCUGGAGAAAUCUAUCAGAUUCCAUAAAAUGAGUCAUCAAAUUCUCAAAUCUAAGAUGUUAAUUUCAUGGGGGGUCCUGAGAUGGAGAUCAUA